CGCAACACCCUUCACUCUUUACACACAAAUAUAUACUUACAUCAUAGACGCUUCCUUCAAAUCAAAUAAUCAGAGACAAAUACUCAGAAUCUAGUUUUUAACAAUAUCCUUGAAUAAGAUGACGAUCAUCGAUUUGGACACAACAUAUCCGAGAAACAAACCAUCGGGCGCCAUCACGAUUCGCGAGGUUUGGGCGGAGAAUCUCGAAUCAGAGUUCGAGCUAAUCAGCGGAAUCGUGGACGACUAUCCUUUCGUCUCGAUGGACACGGAGUUCCCCGGCGUGAUAUUCAAAUCGGAUCUCCGCCGUGGAAACCCCGCCGAUCUCUACAGCCUCCUCAAAUCCAACGUCGACGCGCUGAGCCUCAUCCAGGUCGGCCUCACCCUCUCCGACGCCGACGGAAACCUCCCCGAUCUCCGCGGCGACGGCCGGCGGUUCAUCUGGGAGUUCAACUUCAACGAUUUCGACGUGGCGCGUGACGCGCACGCUCCGGACUCGAUCGAGCUUCUCCGCCGGCAGGGGAUCGAUUUCGAGCGGAACCGCCGCGACGGCGUAGACUCCGGGAGGUUCGCGGAGCUGAUGAUGUCGUCGGGGCUCGUCUGCAACGAGGAGGUGAGCUGGGUGACGUUCCACAGCGCGUACGAUUUUGGUUACCUGAUGAAGAUUCUCACGCGCCGGGAGCUUCCUCGCGCGCUGGGGGAGUUUCAGCGCGUGAUGAGGGCGCUGUUCGGGGAGCGCGUGUACGACGUGAAACACAUGAUGGGGUUUUGCGAGAGGAGGUUGUACGGCGGUCUAGACCGGGUCGCGAGGACGCUCGAGGUUAGCCGGGAGGUUGGGAAAUGUCACCAAGCCGGUUCGGAUAGUUUGCUUACGUGGCACGCGUUUCAGAGGAUGAGAGAUUUGCAUUUUCUCCAGGAUGGGCCGGAGAAACACGCUGGUGUUUUGUACGGGCUUGAGGUUUUCUAAAGGAUUUUAUUAUUUGUAAUUUAAAUUUAAUUAAUUAACUUAAUUAAUCCUGGUAGUAAAUGUUAUUAUGGAAAUAAAAUUUAUAAAAGGCAAGUUUCUAAGA